UUGAGGGAGGAGAUCUGACAGAAACUAAUGAACAGGGGAACAGAGUAUAGGAAGAGAAGAGACUGGGUUAGGUUGAGGAAAAGGAGGACAGGGGGGGAUGGUGUGUGUGUGUGUGUAGGUGUGUGUGUUUACGUGUAUAUGUGUACGCAAGGUUUCCAGACUGAGCAGAUCUCUGAAAGUACUUACCGGGUAGGACAGAAGGUGUUUGUGGAGAGAAGGAUGAGCAGGGAGAUGUCUUUGUGACGGUCGGUGAGUCCGCACAGUCCGCACAGUCCGCACAGUCUGAGUGUAUGCGUUUAUUUCCAACACUGGGGAUGUUUCAUUUGUCUAACUUUUGUCGAGCAUGUAGCGAACAGUGGACCAAUAUUGUUAUCGCAGUAGCUUAGCUUCACCAGUAGAGUCACAAGAACCUGAGGUAUGACAGCGAUGUGUGGCGAUAGCCGGGUGUCAGUUUGUUUCGAGCGUCGGGUGUGCGCCGGGUAGUCAGGCUCGUCACCCCGGCGGACUGUGUCCCUGCUGCUCUGGACUCAUGGACCCCCAGCCUCUGUUCAAGCUGGUGACCUGCCUCUGUCCCUGCCUCCGACCGCUGCCGAUCCAGGACUGGAGUAAGAGUGAUGAGCGGCUGCUCCAGGCAGUGGAGCAGAACGAGCCUGAGAAGGUCGCGGCCCUGAUCAGCAAGAAGGGGCUGUGUCCCACCAAGCUGGAUGCGGAGGGGAAGUCCUCGUUUCAUGCUUGCGCGUCCCGGGGUCGACUGGACUGCCUGGAGGUCAUCCUCUCUCACGGUGUGGACGCCACCCUGCCGGACGGAGCAGGUUACAGCGCCCUUCACCUGGCAGCUAAGAACGGCCAUGCGGACUGCUUGAAAAGACUGUUACAGGAGAGAAUACCGGUAGAUUGCACGGACAGCAGUGGUAGGACAGCCCUGCACCAUGCUGCUGUGAGUGGCUGCCUCCACUGCACAGAAACCCUGUGGGACUUCAAGGCCAGCCUGGACGUCCAGGAUGGGGAUGGAGCGACGCCUCUGAUUCUGGGGGCGCAGAUGAGCAGGGUGGAGUUGUGCGCCUUUCUGCUGGACCGGGGGGUCAGCGCCAACAUACAGGACAGCCAGGGCAGGUCAGCCCUGAUGCUGGCCUGCGAGAGUGACAGUGCCGAGACGGUGGAAGUGUUGCUAAAGGGCGGGGCCAAUCCCCAGUUGGUCGACGCCCUCGGGCAAGACGCCGCCCACUACAGCUCAGCGACAGCCAAUCAGCGGAUCGCACAGAUGCUGCAGAACGGAGGUCCAGCCACUGAGGCCUCUGUCAGAGAGGAGCCCCCCACCCCCCCACCCCCGACGGGGGGCACCACCCCACGCAAGAGGAAGGCCCCCCCUCCCCCCCGCUCCCCUCCCCAGGGUAGCCUGCCCUGCCCUGACGAGUCCCCGGAGCCCCCUGCCCAGAGCCCCUCUCCCCCUCCCCGGUCCCCAGGCACGCAGCACCCCGCCCAGGCCAGCCCUACGGAGGACGAGGAGGUGUUCGAGGAGAUGAGACGCCUGCGCCUGGAGAGAGGACGCCUCCUUCAGAAGAUCAAAGGGCUGGAGCAGCUGCAGCAGAGCGCCCUCUCUGCCCAGGAGGAGCUGUGCCAGGUGAAGGAGCGUCUCGAGCGUACGGAGGCGGAGCGAGACCGCCUGCAGGCGGAGCUGGAGGAGCUCAGGGCCGGCCAAUCAGACGGCACGGAGGACAUGGACGAGAUGCUGGACUUCCCAGGUGCUGAGAUGCUGCUCUCCAGGAGGUCUAGAGAGCCGGACGAGGGCGCCUCCAAGGGGGAAGCGGACUCCCCCAGGCCCCCCUCGGGUCCUGCAGACCCGGGCGCUCUGGGGGACCUACGCAGACAAGUAGAGGAGCUGACCUCACAGAACACAGAGCUGACUCUCAAAGUGCAGAUGCUGGAGAUGUUUGAGAAGGACGACACUGACAUGCAGAGCUCCAGCUCAGACUUCGUCCCCAUGGCCCAGUACGAGGGCCUGAGGAAGGAAUUCGAAGCCCUGCAGGAGCGCUACUCCCAGUCCCAGGCCUCAGCCGAGGCCUCCAGCACGGCAGGAGAGGAGGGGUGUGAGGAGGAUGCGGAGGCGGAGGAGGUCGUGGAGGUGUUGAAGGAGAGGCUGUCAGGGCUGGAGGGGCAGCUGGCCUCCUCCCAGACCGAGCUGGAGGAGCUGAGGGAGCAGAUGCGCCUGGGCGUGUUCUCCCUGGGGGAGGGGGAGGGGCCUGGGGCCGAGGAAGAGGAGGGGGAGGGAGGGGCCCGGCAGCUGAGGCAGCGGGUGAAGGAGCUGGAGGCGGAGCUGGUGGAGAGGCGGGGCCAGGGGGAGGGGCAGAGCGCCGAUGGCGGCGAGGCGGCGCAGCAGCUGAGGGAGAGGGUGAAGGAGCUGGAGGCGGCGUUGGAGGAGAAGGAGGCAGCCGGGGGAGCGAGGCAGGAGGAGGAGGAGGACCGGGGCGAGGGCGAGACGGCCAGGGCCCUGAGGGCGAAGGUGAGCGAGCUGGAGGCGGCGCUGGGGGAGAGCGUGCGGCGCUCGGAGCUGGACGAGGUGCGAGUCACCCUGGGGCUGCAGUGCGAGCAGCUGGCCGGGGAGAGGGCGGAGGCGGCGGCCAGGCUGAACGAGGCCCUGCUGGAGCUGGAGAGGGUGAGGCCGCCCGCCCUGCGUCCGGUGGAGGAGGAGGAGGAGGAAGAGGAGGAUGAGGAGGACGAAGAGGAGCGCUCGGAGGGGUCGGAGCCUUCCAUGACCUCGGAGCGCUCCCUGAGGCUCCGCCAUGGUCGCUCCCCGGCGGCGGUGAGGCAGGAGCUGGAGGUGGCCAGGCAGGACGCGGCGCAGGCCCUGGACUGCCUGUGUGCCGAGAGGGAGGGCCGGGCGCAGGACGCCCUCCAGUGGAAGGGCGCGGUGCCACUGUCCCAGCACCAGGAGGCGCUGAAGGCCGUGUCCCAGCAGCUGGCCCAGACGGUGCAGGAGCUGCAGGGGGAGGCGGCCCUGAGGGAGGGGGCCGAGGCCGAGAACGCCAGGCUGGGGGCACAGCUCCAGACCCUGCAGGACUCCAUACCCAGGGAGGAGCAUGAGAAGGUCAAGGCUGAGCUCCAGCGCUCCCUGGAGGCCAGCGAGAGCAGCGCCGCGACCGCCCGCGACGCCCUGAGCGACAAGGAGGCGGAGCUGAGGGAGCUGCGGUCCCAGAAGGCCGCGGAGCAGGGCGUGGUCUCCAAGGAGGACCACGAGGGCCAGCGCCUGGCCCUGCAGGCCGAGAUCAACACCAUCAGCGCGAGCUUCAACGACCUCACGCGCAAACACGAGAAGACCUGCACCGAGGUGUUCCAGGUGCAGCGUGAGGCCCUGUUCAACAAGAGCGAGCGCCAGGUGGCCGAGGCUCAGCUGGCGGCCGUGCAGCGGCAGCUGGAGGACCUGCAGGCCCAGUCCAGCCACGUCCAGCAACUGCACAAAGACAUGCAGGACUCCCAGGGCCUGGUCAAGGAGAAGGACCGCAAGAUAACCGAGCUGUCCAAGGAGGUGUUUCGUCUGAAGGAGGCUCUGGGCGCUCUGUCUCCACCCCUGGGCCUGUCGUCCACCUCCACCUCCUCGCCCCAGGUCAACCCCGGGCAGCAGAUGGCGCUGCAGAACCGGGUGUCGGCCCUCACCCAGCAGCUCCAGGACUGGGAGAGGAAGCACCGACAGGUAGUAACAGUGUACCGUUCGCACCUGCUGGCUGCCGUACAGGGCCAGAUGGAUGAGGGCGUCCAGGCCUUGCUAUUACAGAUCCUGCGGAUGACACACAAGGACCAGGGCCACUGACCCUGCCAUCCCUCAGACAUGAGACCUCGUCUCAACCCUCAUCCGCCUUGUCCUGGACCGGAGACCAGGCCCCCCCCUCCUGCCCUGGGGCCCCCCCUCCUGCCCUGGGCCUGCAGUAGCUCACGCAACUCACGUACACUCAACUCUAAUGACUGCGGAGGUAGAUGCAUGCGGUCGAUUAUGCUUCAUGCUGUGUAACCGGUCAGACUUGGAGGAUAGCCAGCUAGCUUGUGACGUCAGCUAGAUUUAGUCUCGUGUCAACAGUGUGUGGAGCCCACAGAUUUUGUAUGAUAUUCUUACAAUAAA